AUGAAUGUAUAUUUUUUAUAUAAUUUUCAUAUUAUAUGCAGUUAAGGGCCUCCAAAAUAUAUACAUAUACAUGUAUACAUAUUCUAUAUUGAAAUGGAUAAAUCAGAAAGUCUUCCGGUGCUCUAUAUUCGAGCCAGAAAUCAUUACGACGUUGGUUUUGCCAUUGGAACUAGUUUCAAAGGAUGGAUACAGGAUUACAUGGAAACUUCAGACGAAGUAAAAAGGUACAAGGCGUUUUACACGGACAAAGGGGGGCGAAAGUUAGUAGAUAAGUAUUUAUCUACUGGCUGUGAAACCUAUCCGACAUAUAUAGCUGAGGUUCAGGGCAUGGCGGACGGAUCUGAGGUAAAAUUCGAAGAUCUUUUUCUUCUACAGAUUUCAUCGGAGCUAAAGUUUUGUCAUUUAAAAGAAGGGCAUAUAGAAAAAGAAGAUAUUGCAAAUGCUGGAAAGGGAUGCACCGAUGUUCUUGUGAACGGAAAGAGCUGUCGAAUGAUCGGACACAACGACGACUGGACGGCAGACGUGUCUUCCCGAGUUUAUAUUGUGCACGUGACAAUUGCAGACGAAAAUGAGCGUGUGAUUGAACAGUUCGUAUCAUUUAGUUACCCAGGAUAUUUGACAGGAUUCUGCUUCGGGAUGAAUAAAUCUCUGGUAAUAAGUUUGAACUCGUUGUCUCCGAAAACAGCAAAUCGAAGUGGGGUACCAGUCGCAAUAUUGCUGCGUUCCUUGCUCGCGUGCAGCAGCAUUGAAGAAUGUACGUCUGCAAUGGAGUGUAAACCAUGUGGAAGUGCUUAUGGGAUGAAUAUAAAUAUUGCAACAGUUCACGGGACGGAAAUGUGUUCGAUGGAGGUGUACCCACAACAGGGAAAAUCUGACGUCAAACUUCGAUACGUUCCAACAGAAGAAGAAUCGUCGGACCAAAAAUGUUACCUUUUCCACCAAAACCAUUACAAGCACAUCUCAGCUGAAGAAAUUGGACCGUGCACUGGUUCUCGUCUGAGAGACAAAAGAACCAAUGAAAUGCCACCGCCAAAAACCGUUUAUGACGUCAGAGUUAUACUCGGUGACACGAAAGAUGACGUUGAACCAAUCUAUCGCAUUCCAAGCGCCUCACAUUACGCGCCUUAUGUAAAGACUGCGGCAACAGGGAUAUUCAGUAUCAAUGAGAAACUGUUAUAUGUGUAUAGAAGUAAUCCUAAACUUGCAGCGGCUCCUUGUCUCAUUUUACCAUUUUUAUGAACAAUGAUAGUGCUGCUGAAUGAUUGGAUUUGGACUUUUAAUAUGUUUUCAUUGGUGACUGAUGUAAUAGUCGGACUAUUUUCAUACCCAUGGAUAAAAGAACUUCUGACAAACACAAACAGAAAGCAUUUAACAACAUCAUUCUACAUUUGAUAAUCCUUUGCAUUUACAUGAAGGAACUCAUGAAUUUUUUUUUCAACAUUUCGGAGGAUUUAAAUGUUUUAUUAUUCUCAAAAGAGGUUACAUCUACUUUAUUCCAGGCAUUGUUUUGUUUUUAUAAAUUUUGAAAAAACUAUGAUUGUAUCAUUUCAAAUUGUAUUGGCAUAAACACCAGUCAAUGUUAAUUUCCUAGAAACGGUGCAUCAAUUUACAAAUAAUUUCUGUUAACAAUAUUCUAAAAAAACAAAUAAAUAAAACACUUUUAGCUAUCAAAUACUGCACCUAGAUUGAUUGAUUGAUUGAUUGAUUGAUUGAUUGAUUGAUUGAUCAUAUACUGUACCUAUAUUUAUUGAUUGUAUGAAUUUCCUCCAAAAAAGCCUCUGGUGCAGUUAUUCAUUACAUUUAUUAUGAGGAUUAUUAUGGUCUCUUUACCGAGGUACUAAAACUGGACUGGUUAGUAUUUUUUUUCUUAAACGCGUCAAACUAUAAUAUUAUGAAGUCACGAGCGUGACGACUGUUAUUCAUGCAUUGCUAUGCUAUGGAAUAUUACAAAGAGAACACCUUUUUCAGCCUUUUUGUUUUAUUAUAUUUUAUGUAAUAUAAACAUGUAUAUCAUUCUUCCAGAAGGGAUUUAAAAAUACUUUUUUCUACAGAAUUGAACUAAAAUUCCAUAUUUGACCUUGACAUUAACGGUCAUUUACAGAUCAAGGUCACAAUUAAAACUUUUACAUGUCAAUGUUCCCAGUCAUUAAAUUUGCCUUUUUCGAAUUAUUGUGAAUCGAAUCUGUCGAUUAAUAACAAAGUUUGGCAAUUAGAGUAAAAUUAAGUGACUUGACCAUGCCUGUCAGUGUAACUUAAAGGUCAAAGUCAAACGUGAAUACUUAAUCAUGUCGGUGUGGCAAUAAGUGGACAAGUAUGUAAGAAAUACUUGAAACAAUAAAAUUUUAACAAAAGCCCAGCAAAAUUCAAUAGUUUGACCUUGACGGUGAGUGAUGGUCAAGUUCAAUCCGGACAACUUGAAGGUCUGUCCAUAGGGUUUCUAUGUACGAAGGCAAUCCAUUAAGAAAAACAACGUUAAACUGUUCGGACCCAACGACACCAUGACUGUAGCAAUAGCUUGAACUUUUUUCUUCCAAAAUAAUUGGAUGCAGUUCUUUUUUGCAAGAAUUCUAUGUUGUGAUCAAGAAAAGCUACUCGCUUUUUACUGCAUGACAAGAACAGUGAAAUAAAAGCCCGACUUAAGGGAAUACCUAAGAAAUUGUAAUUUUCACAUAUAUGUAAUAUUGCUCAGACGUUCUAUGCGAAAAUUAAA